AUGGAUGUUGAUUCUGAACGGGUGGUUUGGGUGAGAGUUUAUGGUGUCCCUUGCCAUGUGUGGGGAACUGAUUUCUUUGAAACGCUGGCCAAUCAACUUGGUUCUUUUAUUUGUGUAGAUGAUAAUAUUGUGUCUGGUGAUAAUAUGGAUAUUGCAAGAGUCAUGAUAAGGGUCGCUUUUAACUUUGUUCUAAAUAACUUUAUGGAGGUUGCUAUCGAUGGGGAGGUUUUCAAUUUGGUUUUUCGUGAAGACACCUAUGGGCUGGUUAGAAUAGCGGCGAAGAAGGUUUCUUCUCCGAAUCGGUCCUAUAAUUCUUCUUCAAACUCUGAUGUUGUUUCUAAGGCGGAGAACCAUGGGAGUGGAGAGGAGGAAGAUGAUGACUAUGUUGACACGAGUUAUCCAUCGGAUAAUGAGGUAGAGAUCCGAGACAGAAAGAGCGAUGGUGUAGGACAAAUCUUGCACGAGUCAAACGGUAGGGAGGCGGGCGCUUCUUUUGAUAAAGCCAUUCAGAAUAUCUUUGAGAAGAAAAGGACGGAUCUUGACAUAGUUUCUCAUGUCCCUGAAUCAUCUUCUGAUCGUACCUUUUCAGGGUUACCCGUAUCAAAGGAUAAAGCUUUUCCUUUUUCUGUUCAAGGUGGGGCCACGUGUUUUGCUCAUGGUGGUGUUUCUCUCAGAGCGGUUUCAAUAUUAAGCCCACAAGGAAAGUUAACAAAAGGCCCAAACUGUUUGUUCAGGGGCGGUGAAGAGGUUAUUGAAGGCCCAACUCAGGUAUUCCCUCAAAAGUGUUUUCCUACGUUUUCGCUCCUCUCUUCCAGUAGCAGAGGCAAUUCUGGGAUUGGAUUUAUUGAUAAUAUUCCUGGUGAUUCGGAUAUAGUGAGGUGCAAUAUUAGAACUCUUUCUAAUUUUGACAACUCUUGUGAUGAAAAAUUGAGCGAUGCUAUUUCUAAGCUUGGUGUGAUACCCGGUCAGAAAAAGAAGGAAGUUCAUAAUUUUUUUCCAGAAUCUCAUUCUCUGGAGCCUGUAUGGAUGGAAGAAGUCACUGAUGUUAUUGCUAGUAGUUUGUGGGGUUUGAAUGAUGUGGAUUUCUCUUAUUCUAGUUCGGAAGGGGGUGAUUUGAAUGCGGUGAAGAAGCGGAGUGAGAGAAUUGGCCAUUCUAUUAGAAGUAGCAAUGUGGAGUGGAAAGAUUUCUCGGACUUCAUUGUUGAAAGUGGUUUAGUUGAUGUUCCUUGUAAAGGUAAGAAGUUUACUUGGUUUAGUGGGGAUGGUAAAUUAAAGAGUAGAAUUGAUAGAUUUCUUGUCUCCAAUAAUAUCAUUUCGAAGUGGGGUGUGGUUGGUCAAUGGAUAGGAUCGAGGGAUGUUUCCGAUCAUUGUCCGGUUUGGUUGUUGGUUGAUAAAGAGGAUUGGGGCCCAAAACCGUUCAAAGUCAAUAAUGAAUGGUUUAGUCAUAAGUCUUUCUUUUCUUUUGUUGAGGAAGAAUGGAAGAGCUUAUAUGUGCAAGGGAGAGGAGACUUUGUUUUGAAAGAGAAGUUCAGUUUGAUCAAAGAUAGGUUGAAGUGGUGGGAAAAAAAUAUCUUUGGGAAUAUUGAUUUGGAUGUUGAGGAAGGUGUUAGAGUUUUGAAUGAUUCGGAUGAUAGCGAGUAUUGGGGGGGAGGAGGCUCACUUAAAUAUGAUCAAAGCCUCAAAGAGUAUUUGGUUUAA